AACUUUCUUCCUCCUUUUUGCUCUAAUGGCGUCCAUUUCCCAUCUUUUUAUUGUUCUUUCCCUUUUAGCCUUCUCAGCCAAUGCUCAGCUCUCAGCCAACUUUUACGCUAAAAGUUGUCCCAAUCUCGAACGAAUUGUUCGUUCCGUUAUGAACAAAGCUGUUAUUGCAGAAAAACGUAUAGGAGCUUCAAUUCUUCGCCUGUUCUUCCACGAUUGCUUUGUUAAUGGUUGUGAUGGUAGUAUAUUGCUCGAUGAUACACCGACAUUUACGGGCGAAAAAAAUGCAUUUCCUAAUCGAGACUCAGUUAGAGGGUUCGAAGUGAUUGACAAAAUUAAAACCGAAGUCGAAGCUACUUGCAAGAACACCGUUUCUUGUGCUGAUAUUCUUGCUCUUGCCACUCGAGAUGGGGUUGAUUUGCUUGGAGGUCCUGAUUGGAAAGUACCACUUGGUCGGAAGGAUUCGAGGACGGCGAGCGAGAGUGACGCUAACAGCGACCUCCCGGGGCCAGGCUCCAACCUCCCGACGCUCAUCUCGAUGUUCAAUGCCAAAGGCUUCAACGCCGAUGAGAUGACUACCCUCUCCGGCGCCCAUACCAUUGGUAUGGCUAGUUGUCGAUUCUUCCGAAGACGCAUUUACAACGAUACCAACAUCGAUCCCGCCUUCGCCAAACAGAAGAGAGCCAACUGUCCGUUCACGGGCGGCGACAUGAACUUGGCCCCUCUCGACUCGACCACCCAGAGGUUCGACAACCAAUAUUUCAAAGACUUGAUUGAACUGCGCGGGCUGUUACAUUCGGACCAAGAGCUCUUCAACGGCGGCUCACAAGACGCCUUGGUUCAGACUUACAGUAAAAGUCUCCUAACCUUUAGAAAGGAUUUCGUAAACGCAAUGAUUAAGAUGGGGAAUCUUAGUCCUCCGUCUGGAUUACCCACUGAGAUUAGACGAAAUUGCAGGGUAGUCAAUUAGUUAAUCUUAAUUAGUUAAUAAUUAAUCUUAAUUAACUAGAUUAAUUAAGAAGUAAGAACAAUAAUAUAUAUACAAUAGCUACAAAUAAGAAAGAUGCUUUCUUUUACCUAA